CUGUCAUCCGUGGUCAUUGUUUCGAUCUGUGACUGGAUUUGUGUAUGAGUGAUAAGAUAUAGUAACCAAGUUUGUGUUUUAGAAUUACCACAUAAGUAAACCAAUGAAAUAAGGACUCGAUUUGUGAGCAGACAGUUUCGUCCACUUAUAUAUGUGCCGUCGCCUGUGAUAAUCCUUGGUGCGGCGUAUUGUUUUAUUCAUUAUUGCUUGACACCGGUCGAAACGCGCAAGGUGCGAAAUAUUGGUACUGUACACUGAGUUUGCUUUGCAUUAUGUGUAGUGCCAUAAGUGCAGGACUGCGGUCCCCGAUCAGACGGCUGGUGACCCUAAGACGGGCGCAUGCGAUAUCCACAUCUGUAGUACACAAUGACACCAUAUUAGUUAAGACUAAUGACGAAUUUGUUACUAAGGUAAUGAAUAAUGAUAAGCCAGUAAUAGUAAAUUUCCACGCGGACUGGUGUGAACCGUGCAAGAUUCUUACUCCGAAGUUGAAAGAGCUCAUUCAGCCAUUGGAUAACCUCGAUCUCGCGGUUGUUGACGUUGAAGAUAACCCUGAGUUGGUGCAUACUUUUGAAGUGAAAGCGGUCCCAGCUGUGAUAGCGAUCCGAAAUGGUCUUAUAGUGGAUAAGUUCAUUGGUCUAGUGGAUGCCGAUAUGAUUACGAACCUCAUCGACAGAAUGUCGGGCAAGAAGAAAGACGCGUAAUGCUUAGUUCAAUUGUUUAUAGAUUUCUAGUAGGGGAGAAAUAGAGAUAUCAAAAUAUCGAUUUUGUAUAUCGAUAGAUCUAUUCACAAUAAGUCUGCUAUCUAGCCUAAUAGCAUCAGUAGCAUCUGUAUAUAUCGCAACCCACAGCAAAAGUAACAGGAUGGAUCUUUUUAAAUUUGUUUCUACAUCGAUUGGUUCAUACGACUUAUCUGAAAAGAACUCUCACGAUAUACCUGAGCAAUUUUAAUGUUAGAUGUAAUAGCUAUUUCGCUCUUGUUCUUUUAUUUUAAGAGACGGGCGUGUUUUGGUUUUUAAAGGUGAGGCCACACGAGCGCAAUUUUGUAAGUUGUGAGUCGCGUUUUUUGAGUCACGUAGUUUUCGUUCGAUUGAAAUUCACUGCUGCUGGGGCGCCAGAUGAACGUAUUUUAUUCACUUGCUUUGUUGCGUUUGUACGGGUUGUUUGUGCCAUAUAGUGUAAUGGACUCGCUAUAUAUACUCACAAGCAUCCAAUAGCACGUUCCACGGUGCGACCGAGAUUCAGUUGUAAUUAUGCAUGCGAGUCGGCAGACAACUAAUUUUUUCACAACCGGACUUUUGUUUGAAACCGAAUGCAGCGUAAAUUAUGCAACUCGCAAAAUUACAUUCGUCUGUCCUCACCCUAAAAGUUAGCAUAAAUAUAACGGUCGGUUUGGAAGUCACAAGCACUUAAGGAACAUGUACCUGAUACAAAUCCUUUUGGUCCAAGAAUAUACCACCCUUAAAAUGCUUUCCAUUAUACUUUGACACAUUCAUAAAAAAUAAGCUCUAGGAUAAAAUUAACUCACCACAUUGUAUACGAUGAGUAUACGUUGUCAAGUAAUCGGAUAAUCCUUUAGAAAGGAUCUGGUGACCUAAAAAUACACGGGCCUGUUUUAGACAAUCUCCCGGAAUAAAACUUUAUAGCGUAGGUAUUACUUAGUUACCAAUGAAUAUUUGAUGUUCCCAAUAUGAGGAGAAUUGAUGUCAUGAAACACUGGCCUGGUUUAGGCAAAAAUCUCCCACAAUAAAACUUCAUAAAACACAGGCCACACCGCGAACGAAGCUAAGCUGACUUCGCUUAGUUCACGUAGCUGCAUGCACAACUAAGCUAAGGAAAAUACGUAGUAAGUAGUGACGUGUUACACUAUGGAUACGUGCGGGGGUGAAGAGCGGCAGAAGGGCAACAUAUUUUACACAGCUUAGCUGAAUCAAUGGGUUAGUUUAGUUAUUUCGGUUAGCUUAGUUCGCGGUGUGAACCGAAGUAUGAAUAGAUGC